CGAGGCGCCGGCCGCGGGCCCGCGCCGUGCCACCGAGCCGGCGCCCAUGUCUUUCCUCCGGUGGGUGUCUGAAAAGUUCAUUGUUGAGGGCUUAAGAGAAUUUGAACUGUUUGGAGAGCAGCCUCCGGGUGACUCUCGGAGAAAAACAAAUGAGGCGAGCACCGAGUCGAUAGCCCCUUCCCUUAAAAGGGACACCAUGAGCAACUUUCUACCAGACAGCAGCUGCUAUGAGUUACUCACUAUCAUAGGCAGAGGCUUUGAAGACUUGAUGAUUGUGAAUCUGGCGAGAUAUAAACCCACGGGGGAAUAUGUCACAGUCAGAAGAGUUAACCUGGAAGCCUGUACCAAUGAAAUGGUCACGUUCUUGCAGGGAGAGCUUCAUGUUUCCAAACUCUUCAACCACCCUAAUAUUGUGCCAUACAAAGCAACUUUCAUAGCUGACAACGAGCUAUGGGUAGUGACAUCUUUCAUGGCCUAUGGUUCUGCAAAAGACUUAAUCUGUACCCACUUUAUGGAUGGGAUGAAUGAACUGGCCAUUGCGUAUAUCCUUCAAGGCGUGUUGAAAGCACUUGACUACAUUCACCAUAUGGGCUAUGUACAUAGGAGUGUGAAAGCCAGCCAUAUCCUGAUCUCUGUGGAUGGGAAGGUGUACCUCUCUGGACUGCGAAGCAAUCUAAGUAUGAUCAACCAUGGCCAGCGGCUCAAAGUUGUUCAUGACUUUCCCAAAUACAGCAUCAAAGUCCUACCUUGGCUGAGUCCUGAAGUCUUGCAGCAGAAUCUCCAGGGUUAUGAUGCAAAAUCUGACAUUUACAGCGUAGGGAUAACAGCCUGUGAACUGGCAAAUGGACACGUACCGUUUAAAGACAUGCCUUCGACUCAGAUGCUUUUGGAAAAGCUGAAUGGAACUGUUCCAUGCCUGCUUGAUACCACAACAAUUCCUGCUGAUGAGCUGACUAUGAAAACCUCCCGAUCAAGUGCUAACUACGGGAUGGGUGAGACCACGGCAAUUAGCAAUGUGAGAGCAGCCAACGGAGAGUCAACGCUGCAUCCUUACCUUCGGACCUUCUCGACUUACUUCCAUAACUUUGUAGAGCAGUGUCUGCAGAGGAAUCCAGAUUUCAGGCCAAGUGCAGGCGCUCUGCUUAAUCAUCCCUUUUUCAAGCAGAUCAAGCGUCGGGCUUCUGAAGCACUCCCUGAACUUCUGCGCCCUGUCACGCCCAUCACUAACUUUGAAGGAACGCGGCCCCAGGAUCCAAGUGGCAUUUUUGGGUUGGUAUCAAACCUGGAGCAGCUGGAUGUGGAUGACUGGGAAUUCUAGAAAGAAAAAUGUGGAAUAUACCUGCUUCUGGAUGAGCUUUUUGGACAUUGUAAUUUAUUGGUCCCAAUCAAACAAGAUGAUGAAUGUUACAUAUAGAAGAGUUUACAAGUCCUUGGGAAGAAACUUCAACUGUCUGUUUACUUGGGAAGUAGCCUGGAAACAAUUGGAACAGACCCAAGCUGGAAACAGCUCAACUCCAAGGAAUUCCA